ACCAUGUGACCUCUGAUCAUUCACAGAUUUGACACGUAGUAAGCAAUGAUGUCAGAAGUGACAUCUUGCUUACUACUCUUCAUGUGAUCACUGAUUGGCCAAUCAGUGAUCACAUGAUCGGGACCUCGCACAGAGGUCCCGUACGACGAUCAGCGUUCCACUGUGUCCGGAGGACACAGCGGGCACGGGAUCGUGUCCAAAAUGAAUGGCAGCCCGCCCCUGGCCGUUUAUAGAGGGCGGCCGGACGGCAAGUGGUUAAU